CAAGGCAUGCCGGGAUAGCGGAAGCGUGUGUGGCCGCGCGGUGCACGUCGGGAGUUGUAGUUCAGCUCGUGACGGGACCCGGAAGAACCGCGGGGGCCAUGUCGGGGUCCCCUUUCCCCCCCAAACCUAUUUUGGGGUCCCCUUCACCCCCUCUUUACCACGAACGACAGCGCCUCGAGCUCUGCGCCCUCCACGCCCUCAACAACCUCCUCCAGCGGCCGUAUUUCACCCCCGAAACCGCCGACGACAUCUGCAAAAGGUUGGCUCCUAACGUCCGGAUUAAUCCCCACCGGAGCUUUUUAGGGACCGGGAAUUACGACGUUAACGUGAUCCUGGCGGCGUUGCAGAGUUUGGAGUUGGAAGCUCUUUGGUGGGAUAAGCGGCGGUCGCUGGAGCGGUUGGCGUUGGGUCACAUCUUGGGCUUCAUCCUCAACGUCCCUUCCCAGGUCUCGCUGGGAUUCCUGACAUUCCCGUUCCGUCGGAAGCACUGGGUGGCUAUCCGGCAAUUCCACGGCAUUUACUACAACCUGGAUUCCAAACUCCGAGCGCCCGUCGCCAUCGGAGGCGAAGCCGAACUCAGGGAAUUCCUCCGCGAUUUCCUUUCCCAAGGCCUCUGUGAGGUUUUCCUUGUUGUGCCGCGUGCCGUAGGCGAAGCCGGAACGUGGCUGAACCCGGAAUCGCCCAUCCCGCACGGAUGCGAUGACGCCAACGGAUGACGCCGCGUCCUUUCCGGAUGAAUCCGUUACGCUCCCGGAUUAAAACCCACCCCGUUUA